CUGGUCACUCUCUGUUUUUUGUAACUAAAUUAGUUUAUUUAACUGAGGAAUUAAGUUCAUUGGACAUUGUCUGAGGAAUUGCCAAAUAUGUGGACAUAAUUUGCAUUUUUAUCAGUAUAUGGAUGCUUCAAAAUCUUAAGACUAUGUCAUUACAACACUGUGGAAUUAUUGUAUAUCUAGUUCAGUUCUCUCAUUUUGAUUGAAAGAAAUGUGAUAUGUAGAUUUUAAGAGGAAUGCGUAUUAUACAGUUGUAUGAUUCGAUUAUUUAUUUGGACCGAAUUGAAAAGAUUUAGCUCAGAAUUAACUCUUCGAUUUGAAGAUUAAGGGGUAGAUCGAGCUAUAAUGGAAGUGCAACAUAAGUUUAUGGAAAAACCAAAGAAAACGAAUGAUCGUGAGAGAAAUGAAUGAUCGCGUUUAGUUUUGAGGAUUAGCCUGCAUUGAUAAUAGUAUUAUAGUAGUAAUCCAUUAUUUACUAAGAUGGAUUGGAAUUUUGGAAGGCCCUUGUUAAUUUCUCUCUCUCUCAACUAAUUUUGCUUGAUUUGCAUCUCAUUGAACGGGUGGGAUUAAAGAAUUCCUAGCAAUGAGGAUAAAGAUACUCAAAUCAUGUAUCUUAUUGAUCAUGGAAAGUAAGCAUGUAGUGUUAACUUGAAUUUGUUGUAUUAAUGACUUUUUUUCAUUUGGUUUACACUUCCAGGCAGGGGCUCCGGACGAUGGAGAUCAUUUCUUGCCACGCUGCACGCUGCUGUUAUGUUUUAGACUUUAGAGGGGUUAACCACUUGAGCACACGGAGAUCCAAGCUCCCCAUUCUGAGGGGGGAGAGGUUCUUUUAUAUUUUAUCAGAACCAGGGUCUGCGUCUUCAAGAUAUUCUCGUGUAGAUAGUCUGAGGUCGAUGAGGCUCCACCAACAUCGAAGGUCAGGGAGGGUUUACUCUCGUGACAAGUAUGAACAUGCUGGUUCAAGUGUCGUAGCUGAAACUUCUAACUCUUAUAUACUUGAUGGUGAAGAGGGUGGUAGCAGUGUGUCUGAUGGUGUUCGGUCAAUCCCCAAGGUGUCGAUUCCUAGUUUGCCAGACGGAGGAAAUGGUGAUGGUGUAGAUUUUAUCAGCAGCCGUUUCUGGGAAUGGAAGCUGAAGUUAAUUGUUCAUUAUGAUACAUCAGGUUCUGAGAAUACUGAUUCCCCACCAGUUCUCUUUCUUCCUGGAUUCGGUGUGGGGUCGUUUCAUUAUGAGAAGCAGCUCAAAGAUCUUGGUCGUGAUUACAAAGUGUGGGCUUUAGAUUUUCUUGGCCAGGGCAUGUCAUUACCGGUUGAAGAUCCAACUUUGCAGUCACAAGAUAGAGAAAAGGGCUCGUUAGAUGGAGAAACAAGUGUGUGGGGAUUCGGAGAUGAGAGUAAGACUUGGGCCGAAGAACUAGUCUUUUCAGUUGAUCUAUGGAGGGAUCAAGUACGCUGUUUUAUACAAGAGGUGAUUAAAGAACCUGUUUAUCUUGUGGGAAAUUCUCUUGGAGGGUUUGUGGCUCUGUAUUUUGCAGCAUGCCACCCUGAAUGGGUAAAAGGUGUAACUUUGCUCAAUGCAACGCCGUUUUGGGGAUUUCUCCCUAAUCGUGAAAGAUCUCCAAGACUAUCGCGACUCUUUCCCUGGGCGGGAACGUUCCCUCUCCCUUCUAGCCUCAAAAAGUUUAUCGAAAUUCUAUGGCAGAAAAUAAGUGAUCCAAGAAGUGUCACAGAGAUACUGAAGCAAGUUUACGCAGAUCACACAACUGAUGUUGAUGAAGUGUAUUCUCGUAUCGUUGAAACCACACGACAUCCAGCGGCUGCUGCAUCGUUUGCUUCUAUUAUAUUUGCUCCUCAGGGGCGAUUAACCUUCGAGGAAAAUUUAGAUAGGUGCCGGAUGAACAAAACACCCAUUUGUCUCAUGUACGGGAAGGACGACCCUUGGGUGAGGCCUGUCUGGGGUUUGCAGGUGAAACGUCGAGUUCCAGACGCUCCAUAUUACGAGAUAAGCCCUGCCGGUCACUGCCCCCAUGACGAGGUUCCUGAGGUUGUGAACUUUCUCCUGCGUGGUUGGAUCCGGAACCUGGAGUCGGAUGGUUCGGCCAUGCUGCCUUUGCUCGAUGGGGAAAGCAGCGAGCAUGGCGUCUGCAAGGACUUGGAAUUUACGAGAGAAGGUUCUAGAAGAUCGGUGCAGGUGCAGUUCUAUGGCUCCAAGUUAUCUGUCUGGAAUUGGUUAAAUUAUCAGCUGAAAGCUCUUUUCAUCUGAAACAGGUAGAAAUAAUGGCCUUUUGUAUAAUCAUGAUUUUUGGUUAUUAGUCUGCCUACUGAAGUAUCCUAUCAAAUCACUUUAUAGAAAAUGUUGUGAAUUUUAGUCACAAGACUAGUUUUCUUUAGUUAUCAAAUAUGGGAAAUUAGUUACUGAUUUUGUGACUUGAGCU